AAUCCCUUGCCACUUGGAGAGAGUGAGAGGAAUAUAAACUGGUAUGCAGAUGAGCACUUUGGACACAGUUCUAUUCAUAUUUGGUUUUAUCAGAAUAGGAGAACACAAACGAGGAGAGCCGAAACAGGAUUUUUAAGGAUUAUCGAAGAGGAUCAUUGGAACGCAACCCCUAUCACCACUGUAGGUGCAUAAACCCUGGACCAACCUUUGACCUAAGAUUGGUCUCACUAUGAGUCAUGAAUUCAAGAUAAGAUACAUUUUGCUUUCUUUUUUAAACCAGAGACAAGAUUUGCUCUGAGACAAGACAAGCGGUUGCAGGAAACCCUACCCAACACAGCGCAGGAAUCAUGGGUGAAUGGGGCGUCCUCAGUGGACUCUUUGAUAGCUUACAGGCCCACUCGCCGAUGCUUGGUCGUUUCUGGCUCUUACUCAUGCUUGUCUUUCGGAUACUGAUCCUAGGAACUGUAGCCAGUGACUUGUUUGAUGAUGAGCAAGAGGAGUUUGCCUGCAACACCCUCCAGCCGGGCUGCAAGCAGGUGUGCUACGACAUGGCCUUCCCCAUCUCCCAGUACAGAUUCUGGGUGUUUCACAUCGUCCUCAUCGCUACACCCUCUCUGGUUUUCUUUAUGUAUGUCAUGCAUCAUCAUAAGAAGAGGAACAGCCGCUCCAAUUCCAGCCAAUUUAGCUGCCAGGACUACAGAGAAGAAAGCCAUUUAAGGAGGCUUUACCUCAUCAAUGUGGCCUUCCGCAUAUUGGCAGAAAUUGGCUUUCUAGUGGGCCAGUGGCUGCUCUACGGCUUCAAGGUGGAGUCCCAGUAUCCCUGUAGCCGCUUUCCUUGCCCCUACACAGUGGACUGCUUCACCUCCCGCCCUGCAGAGAAAACAGUCUUCCUCUGCUUCUACUUUGUCGUAGGGUUGAUAUCAGCGGUUUCCAGCUGUGCAGAGCUUUUCUACAGCUCCAUGAAGUGGUUCUGCCCAAGGAAGCAGCCCUUCACCCCGGAGCCUUCCUGCGUCUGCCAGAACCUCCACAACCUCGAGGAGCCGGAGGCAGUGGGGAAACCUCGAGGGAAGACAGAUGCAGAGAGCGUGCCCAGUAACGUGAGGCGGAAAGUAGGAUCACUGAAGGGAGGAUCACUGAGGAGCAGCGCCAGUAGGAAGGUCCCCAGCAUCGGCCACAAGCACAGGGGAGGCAAAUAUGUAAGCACAAGGACAUUCAUGGUGUGAGACGGCCUUGAUUCAAACAUGCUGCAAUCACUUAUUUUUAAUCUAAAUGUUAGAACAAUAAUUCCUGCAUGCAAUAAUACUAAAAAAGUAUUUCUGAAGGAGGAAGGAGAUUUCAUGAUGGUACUAUCACAAGGAAACGCCUUGGAGACAGUCAUCAGAUCAGGAAACAAUCAAAGACGAGACUGAUGGCUCUGAUAAGGCGGAUGCAUUGUUGACUUGUUUGCUCUCAUGAAUCAUUAUAGACCGUAAACAGUUCAGGACGGAAAACAACUCUGGAUUACACUUGAUGAACUCGUUUAACACUGAUUGGUCCUUUGUUUAAAAGAGAAGCGAUUGUACAUCGCUGUGGCACACCCUUCUUAACGGGAAAAGUAGUUUGUGUUAUUCUACUGGAUUUGGACUUUGAACUUGUUCUUGGCAUGCUUUUGCUUUCUUUCUUACUGAGUUAGAGAAGCUCAAGACCACUUGUGUUUGUACGGUCAGUGUAAGCUAUUGACAGCAGCCAGUUAGCCUAGCUUAGCACAGAUACUGGAGAAAAAAAGGAGGAAACCGCUAGCCUGGCUUUGUUCGACUGACCAAAAUCCACCUACACCUAAAAACCAAUGUCAUGGUUUUAUGAAUAUUUCUCGCGUGUGAGCAGAAUCUCUCCGGACUACCCGUUUCCAGUCUUUGUGCUGAGCUAAGCUAAACGGUUGCUAAUAGCAUCUUCAGACUUCAUGUACAUAGAAAGACCUUCGAGCAGCAUCAAUGUUCUCAUCUAACUCUAAGCAAGAAAGCAAAUGAGAGUAUUUCCCACGUGUCAAUACGUUGAACAAUGUCUUUUAAGGUGCUCUAAGAGAUGUCACAUUUUUUUGAGUCACAUAUAGCAGACAUCUCCUCACACUCCGCUA